ACGGCGCAUGUCUGCUGUUACUGAACUGACAAAUCUUGAAAUAUUUCGGCUUGGCAACCACGUGGAAACUUCCAUAUUUUGUUGUGUGCAGUUGUGUUUUGCGUGCAUAUACUAAGUGCGAAGAUAGUAAGCGUUAGUGCCUUCAAUAUCAGUGCUUCAAUAUAUCGCUUGAACACAUAAUCACUGUGUAAUAAAUAUAUUGACUUUUAUCAUGGGCUCCAAACAUAAAAUCAAGGUGGGUAUCAUUGGUGGAUCUGGACUUAGCGAUCCUGGAAAUCAAAUCUUAAAAUCUACCUCUACCAUCAAACGUGAAUCUGCUGAAAAUGAUUUUGGAUUGCCUUCUAGUAAUCUGUUUGAGGGUAGUAUUGCUGGAGUCGAUGUAGUAUUAAUUUCAAGACAUGGUGUUGGACACACAAUAAAUCCAUCCGCUGUCAACUAUCGAGCAAAUAUAGAAGCUCUGCGUGCUGCCGGUUGCACGCACGUCUUGGCAUCUACAGCUUGUGGAUCCUUAACAGAGUCUAUCGAUAGAGGACAUCUGAUAAUUCCGGACAGUUUCAUAGAUAGAACUAUUCACAGAAAAGGAACUCUAUACGAUGGCACAUCACCCAAAUAUCCAGGUGUGUGUCACAUUCCGAUGGAACCAGCAUUUGAUCCACACACUUCGGGAAUCCUGGAACGUGCCGCCAAAGAGUUAGGAUUUUCAGUCAGGAAAGGCGGCACCCUUGUCACAAUAGAAGGUCCAAGAUAUUCAUCCAAGGCCGAGAGUAACGCAUUUCGACAAUGGGGUGGACACUUGGUUAAUAUGACAUCAUGUCCAGAAGUGACUUUAGCCAAAGAAGCAGGUCUUCUCUACGGCGCUGUAGCAAUGGCUACAGAUUACGAUUGUUGGAAAGAGUCUGAAGGCGUAGUAUGCACUUCAGAUGUAUUGGCAGUUUUCAAAAAAAAUGUCAGCAGAGUUACUGAUUUGCUGGUGAAAGCAGUGGAGCUUAUCGGUCAGGAAAAUUGGGAUCAGAAAAUCGAUGAUCUUAAGGCUCGUCUACUUUCAGGGAUACUCGGGCGCAAAAAUCGCCCCUUCUUAAGAUGUGGCAAGAAAAAUGUUAAUUCCUUCGUGCUCAGUUUUGCGUAAUUUUAAUUAACACGAUAUUAAGAAAAAAAGACUAAUGUAUGUUAGAAAAUGUAUCCUAUAAACUCUGAAAAUUUUCUGACAAAUUUUGAAAACAAUUUUAAGAAAUUGAAAUAUUUGUUCCAAAAAGUCAUAUGCAUUCACAUGUGAACAUUAUACCAACUAUGCUAGCCUACCUGAAAAUCCAACCCUAUAAUCAUAAUUUUCCAAAUAAUAAUUUUUACUUAGCGGAGAUGCUUGCAUUGUAGAUUCGUGUCUAAAAUUUAUAGGGGCACCCAAUUUUCUAAAUAUAAUUUUUGUUCUACUUCAACAAAAUGCAAAUCUUAAAUGUAUAGACGAAUCGUCGACUUUUCUGCAAAUUUGGUAAGCUUAUUAUUAGUCGUCCAUUUAUUUUGGUAGUUUCAGUGAAAAAAGUGGUGUCCUAAAUUAAUAGGGGCACUUGAAGAGAAUUCAUUCUUCCAACAAAAUUUCUCGUAGUGAAAUUAUGUAAUCAAAAAAUUAAAGUGUUCCUUAAAAAUGUUAUUUCUAUGUUAUAAUCUUUCCCCGUAAUCUACUUUAAUAAUCUACUUUCACCCAGCCUGUUACAUAAAAUAAACGUUGAUAAAGUAGGAAGUGGGCUUCCCGCUCCACCCUUCCCGUAUAUUCGGACUGGGUCGAACGGGGAUGAGCGCGCGCUUGAGUCGAAGGGUGGGGGUAAGAGAAGUUCCAACAAUUGUACGUGUGUGGCGCAUGCACGAUGUUUAGCGCCUUCACGCCUUAUAACAAAGCUAUAAUCACCCCGCGGCCA